CUCCUUUGAGUUUCACAUCAGCUUCCAGUAACUCGCUUCGCUUGCUUCCUUUGGGCCGGCUGCCUCCACCCUACUCUCCUCCGCCACAGCGCCGUCGCCGCCGACCGCAGCCUCUUUCCACCGCCUAUUUCCUGGGCGGGAAGGAAGCCUUCCCCGUGGGCGUCCGUCCGUCCGUCCUCCCCCUCCCCCUCCACCUCCACUCUGCUGGGCUGGUGGAGCGAGCGAGGUCCCUCCCCUCUUCCUGCGCUGACCUUCGCCGUGCCGAGGGAAUCUGGAACUGUAAGUUGAGCUUUGGUACUCUUGGAUGGAGUUCUCAUCAAGUGAAGACCAUGAACUUGUUGAAGAUUUCAUGGAUGUUGAGGAUGAUACAGGCACCGCUGAUGUUGAUCAACCAACUGGUGUGAUGACUCCCCAUAUUCAUUGCAUCGAUCCUUCUGAGGGAUCCAUGUCGACUGCUGGAAACGAGCUGCUUCCAGCAGCUGAUGAGCUGGGCAAAAAUGCUGAACCAUACUUGGGCAUGGAAUUUGUGUCUGAUGCAGCUGCGCGUGCAUUCUACAAUGCGUAUGCGCUAGGCCUUGGGUUUGGCAUUCGUGUUGCCCGGUCCCGCAGUGAGAGGCGAAAAGGUUCUGAGGUACUCGUCAUGAAGCGUUUUGUGUGCAUGAAAGAGGGACAUCACAAGAAGAAGGAUGUUGACUCUAGCAACAAGAAAAAGAGGAAGCGCCUCUCUAUACGGGACGGCUGCCCAGCAAUGAUGGAGGUGGUGAGGAGGGGCCCAGAAAAGUGGGUCAUCACGAAGUUGGUGCUCGAGCACACUCAUGUCAUUGUUAGCCCAGACAAGGUGCGGGAGGUCCAGCUCCUUCGCCUCUCUGGGAAGGAGCAUGCGGACCAAUUACAGCAAGUCCGGAGGAAUGUGUUUGGAGACACAGGUGCAUCCGGUCUCUUCACCUACCUAAUGAAAAGGCAGUCAGAUAACUCUGGUUUCUUCUAUAACGUACAGGUUGACAGUGGAAACUGUUUGAGGAAUGCAGUUUGGGUUGAUGCAAGAUCUAAAAUGUCAUACAAGUACUUCGGAGAUGCUGUUUACUUCGACACUACUUAUACUCAAAACGAAAAUAUGUUGCCUUUUGCAGCUUUCACAGGCAUGAAUCACCAUGGUGAUUGUGUUGUUUUUGGUUGUGCGCUUAUCUUGGAUAAGACAGAAUCUUCGUAUGCUUGGAUUUUUGAGACAUGGCUGACAGCAAUGGAUAAGCGGCUGCCAUUUUCAUUUACAACAGAUGAAGGCAAAACAAUGACAGAGGCAGUUGCCAAAGUAUUUCCUCAAUGUUUCCAUCGUCUUUGUAGAUGGCGAAUUCUUUCUAAAUGCAAGAAGAAAUUGUCUGAUGUCUACAUGAGAGUUCCUGAGCUCCAUAACGAGUUAAAGAGAUGUGUCAAUGAGUGUGAUACCAUGCCUGUUUUUGACAUGUUCUGGGGUUCUAUUCUCGACAAGUAUGGUCUGAGGGAGAACACUUGGUUGCAAUCACUGUUUGAAGCAAGACAUAAAUGGGUUCCUGCAUACCUAACAAGCUCCUUCUUUGCAGAAUUGUCACUGACCCGUAGAGCAGAAACGAUCAGUGGGUUUUAUAGGAAUAACUUCAGUACAAGAGCUCCCCUCCUUUCUUUUAUCACUACAUUUGAUCAACACAUAGACAGAUUGUAUAUGAACGAAGCUCAGAAAGAUCUUGCCUCCUUUCCUCCUGAACAACUCCUGAAAACCAAUUCAAUCUUGGAAAAACAAGCAGCGAGCAUCUACACCAAGGCUGCAUUUGAAUUUUUCCAAACGGAGUUGAUUGAAUCGCUGCAUCACUAUGCUGUGAAGGUUCAGGAAAGCCCUUAUGAAGCCAAGUACUAUGUCGAAAGAGAUGGCGAUCCUCCUACCAGGCAUACUGUUGUCUACAAUGUUGCUGAGAAGAAGGCUUGGUGUGACUGCUGCAGGUUUGCUUUCUCUGCGAUAUUGUGCAGGCAUGUCCUGGGAGUAUUCAUCUUGGCUGACAUCGACAUGAUUCCGGAGCCAUGCAUUACGAAACGAUGGACGAAAAAGGCAAAGACAGGGCCAGUGUUUGUUGGACGCAUCCUUGAAGAUGAAAACCGGCAUGCAGAUUCUGUGACUUCGAGGUUCAGUGAUCUCGUUUGCGAUGCGAUGAGGUGUGGAGAGAAGGGAGCUCUAUCAGAAGGCUCCUUCAAAUUUGCAAAGGAAGUACUUCGCAAAGCCUAUAGAGAAAUUGAUAAACUGACCAGGGCUGGUCCCCAGCAAGUUGGCAACAGAUAGCGUCAGUUGCCUUGAACAUUUGCUACCAAAGGAUGAAAACAUGGUCUAUUUCUGCUGUGCUACCAUGAGCAAGAGCUUGCUGCUUGCCACCGUACCAUGUCAAUGACCAAUCCAAUCCUGUUAGUUGUUACUGUAAAUUCAAUCCUGUUGACCUAGUGUUGGCUGAGUGAUGAGUGCCGCCUGCUGCUGCUGCUUCUGCUUGCGAUGUCACAACACAAACACCUGGUAUAGUGCAAUCGCCAUUGUAGGAAACAUUUACAAUUUUA